UCAGACGUGGGUUGUUCUUUGGAACUUCCGCCGAAUGCAGUAUUUAGGGGAUUGAGAUCUAUCUAUUGGUGAAGGAAAACGUAGCGAUAAUAACCAUGUCGUCUUCCGAAGCAGCGAAUGCUGCAAGUAGCCACCAGGAGCAGAGGGAGCAGAAGGUUCUUGAUGUCAUGUUUCUCUGCGACGAAUGGAAAUCUUCGAAGGGUGGAUUAUCGACUUUCAAUCGAGAAUUUGCCAUUAAUUUGGCAGAAGUGACGACUGGUAGCAUGAAAAUCCACUGCUAUGUCUCUAAUAGCGAUGAUCAGGACAGAGAAGAUGCUGAACAACAUGGUGUCAAUUUAAUCACAGCUCGAAGUGUUCCUGGUUCAGCCGACCCCCUCGAGUGCUUGAAGUUUCCACCCUCAAAGCUCCCAAAGCCACAUCUGGUAAUAGGCCAUGGAAGAAAGCUGGGUAGUCCUGCUUAUUCCCUUGUACAGAUUACAAAGUGUAAAUGGAUCCAAUUUGUUCACGUCUAUUGUGAGGACCUUGGGAAAUAUAAAGAAUCUGCUACGGCUGCAGAAGAUACAAUCGAAGAGAACGAGGAGAAGCACAAGAUGGAAGUUGAGUUAUGUAAAGCAGCGGAUGCAGUUGUCGCCGUUGGCUCCCGUCUACAACAGAAGUACAGCAGACGUCUCCUUAAUGUUGAAGUGAAGAUUAUCACUCCUGGGAUUUUUGGAAAGUUUUCCAGUGAAUCAAAGUUGGCUGUAGACAGAUCGGUAGUAAAGAAUUUCAACGUGUCUAUGUUUGGCCGAGCUGCCUUCGAGGAUCUUUCCCUGAAAGGCUAUGAUUUAAUUGCAAAUGCCAUUGGUUCUCUUGGUAAGAACUUUGAGUUGACAUUUGUCGGCUCAUCUCCCGGUGAACAACGAAAAGUCGAGCAAUGGUUUCUUGACAACACGUGCAUCAACCGCAACCAACUAACCAUCCGUCGAUAUUGCAGUGAACAAGAGGAACUCAAGGUGAUGUUUUAUCAGUCAGAUUUGGUUGCUCUGCCAUCCCGUACCGAAGGAUUUGGGCUUGUUGCCCUUGAGGCCAUUUCUGCUGGUGUUCCAGUACUCGUUUCUGAUGAAUCUGGCAUAGCUGAGGCUUUGCAAAAAGUAGAGGGUGGAAACACUGUCAUUGUUGGAUCAGGUGAAGAUAAAGAUGAAUGGGCACGAAGGAUCAGAGAAAUGUAUGAAGAAAGCGCAGAAGAGAGAGAAGCCAAUGCUGUGAAGCUUCGCGAGAACUACAGGAAAGUUUACUCUUGGAAAGCAGAAUGUGAGAGGUUUAAAGGGCUGAUUGGAAAUGUUGUGAAAACUGCAAAUGGUGAUAAGUUGAAUGUUAAGGUUGCAGUGGAUGACUUGAAACCUGAAGAACAGAAUAUGCAGACUGGCAUGUUGGCAACAGAGUCUGCCAGAUGUCAAGGGGUUCAGCAGCCUAGGGCAUCUGCUACAUCGACUGCAUCUGGAAGUGUGUCCUAUUCACAGAAAGAGGAUCUCAAUGCCCUUGAAAAGAAAAUCUUUCUAUUAAUUGUGCAAAAUUAUCUCCAGACCACACCACCACAGUCUCCUGAAGAGCACAGUAGGUUCAUGGAAUACACACAAAAAAUGAGGCUCAUUAUUACUGGUGUAGCUGUAGGAAGUUUGGUGAUAACAAUGAAGUGUGAAUCUGUAAUGAUAUUGGAGGAGUUGUGGACAGAUUACUCAUCUGGUCAUCUUGGUGAAGUGGUUCAGAAUUGUUUUGUCACUGAAAAGAUCUUGAAGGAACUGAACCUGGCUGAGCUGAGGCUGAAGACAACAAUAGACAUAGAAGAGUACAAUGCAUGCAAAAUGUUCUUUGAGAAAGAUGCUCUUAGAGGUGCUUUAUCCUCUGAAUUCCACUCCACAAGUUCAACCAGUGAAAGUCCACAAAAAAAAGAACAAUGGGAAAAAAGUGAACAGAAGACAAAGAUUAUGGAGACAGUGAAAUUGGAAGGUGCCUCAUCUUCUGAAUUCCACUCCAUAAGUUCAACCAGUGAAAGUCCACAAAAUCAAGAAGAGCUGAAAAAAUGGAAACAGAAGACAAAGAUUGUUGAGACAGAGAAACAAAAAGGUACUUCACCCCUCACUGUAGUACCCAUUACUGGUCACGGAAAAGAACUUAUAGAGAAAGAGCAAAAAAGGAAAGGCAUGUUGUCUCCUCAUGGAUCUACCACUUCUGAUCCUGAAGAAAAACUAGAAGAGCUACAUAUGAAUCUCAAGAAACAAGUUACUUGCUCAAUUUGUCUCGAUACCUACACUGAACCUAAAAUUCUAUCAUGUCAUCAUACAUUUUGCUGUGAGUGUUUAGAGAGACAUGCAAUAGUGAACCAGAGACAAGGGAAAUUCCGAUGCCCUGAGUGUCAAGUAGAAAUCAAUUUACCGGAAGGAAAUCGCUUCGACUGUUUGCCUAACAGCUUUUUGCACAAAAGUCUGUUAAGUGUCCUUCAAGCAGAAAGUCGUGAAGGUACUUCACCCUCCAAUGUACCGUUCACUGCUGGUCACAAAAAAAAAUGGGAAGUAAGACACAGCACUGGAAAAUUUCAGGAAAAGGAAGGUUCUUCAUCUCCCCCUCCUCUCUCCACCACUGAUCUUGAAGAAAAACUAGCAAAAGUAUGUGAGGAAAUUAAGAUGCUGAGAAUGGAAGGUAGUUCACCUCCCCCUGUUUCCACUGUUGAAGUAGAACUAGAGGAACUACUUGAGAAACUUCAGAAAGGGAGGAUGGAAGGUUCUUCACCUCCCCCUCUUCUCUCCACCACUGAUCUUGAAGAAAAGCUAGGAAAAGUAUGUAAGGAAAUUAAGAUGCUGAGAAUGGAAGGUAGUUUUCCUGUCCUUAAAUUUUCAUCCAUUGAUCUUGAGAAAAAGUUAGCAGAACUACGCAAAGAGCUUAAGAGGCUCAGAAUGGAAGGUACUUUGCCUCCCCCUGAACUCUUUAUUUCUGAUCUUGAAGAAGAACUGAAACAAAUACGUACAGAACUUGAGAGACAAGGAUUGGAAGAUACUCCCUCCUCAUAUGAUGCUAUCAACCAAGUACGGCGUUUAAAAGAAGAACUAGAGGAACUACUCAAGAAACUUCAGAAAGGAAGGAUGGAAGAUGCUUUAUCCUCUGAAUUACACUCCACAAGUUCAACCACUGAAAGUCCACAAAAAAAAGAACAAUGGGAAAAAAGUGAACAGAAGACAAAGAUUGUGGAGACAGGGAAAUUGGAAGGCGCUUCAUCAUCUAAAUUCCACUCCAUAAGUUCAACCAGUGAAAGUCCACAAAAUCAAGAAGAGCUGGAAAAAUGGAAACAGAAGACAAAGAUUGUUGAGACAGAGAAACUGAAAGAUACUUCACCCCUCACUGUAAUACCCACCACUGGUCAUGGAAAAGAACUUGUAGGAAAAGCACAGGGAAGGAAAGGUGAACAGGAAGCUUAGUUUGAAUUAAUAUCUGUAGUAAAUAUGUUCA